AUGACUUCUCGCGAGCCCUCCGCAGCGCCCUCCGCAGUGCCCUCUCCAGCGCUCUCUCCAGCGGCCUCUGAAGGAGACACCAUUGAUGACCACGCAGAAGAGGUCAAGCCUGACUUGACAGACCUUGACCCAGAUCAAUCUCAGACUGGAGUCUACGACUCUCCAAGACUGACACCAGCGAGCGGGCGGCGGGCAGGUCGUGCUAGAACGUCUACAAGCAGAAAGGCGAAACCGAGGGGGAGUGCAGUCUGGAUUCAUGAGCAACCUCAAGAUGGCACAGAAGAUGAGGGUAGCGUGAUAUCUACCACGAGAACGAAAAAGUCAGAGGCCAGUCCCGACUCCGAAGCCAAGGUGAUCGGAACGGCAGUAGGGACUAGGAGACAAGCCAACGGCACCGUCGGGUCUGUCUACUCUGGGAGCAAGAUCAGACACAUCAAGAAACCGGACGGCACUCCCCUAUGGCGGAAAGAGAUCCAAUUCGAGUUCUUGAAACUCGUCACCGAGGAUGAUAAGCCGGUCUUCACAAGAGUCAGUGACGGCCAGAAGGGCUGUACCUUUUCCGAGGUCUAUGUCGACUGCAUGGCUCGAAGCUCCAAGACAAGCAAGAUCCUAAAGGACAGACUCCAGAUCGACCGACAAGCCGCUCAGAAUAUGGCAAUGAUUUGUCUCCUGGUCAACGUCGGCAGGAUGAACACGACGCUGAACUUCUUCCCGGAAAUGAGGGCACAACUGAGGACCUACCAUUCCAUCCCUUCAUUACAGGCAUACAAAAGUCAGAAAGAUUACAAGUCACUGCAGGAUGCUCCCAGAUUGAAGAGCAUACUCAAGGGCGCCAGCGAGGACACUGAUGAGCCCCGGACCAUAGCCGCUCUGAAGGACAAGGGGGUGCCACGGACGAAUCCUGUGAACCUCAUCUUCGUCUUGUCGCAGUAUGCGCCCGUUGUCAGCGAAACCCAUUUCACUGACAAAGUGGAUUUCUUCGACUUGGCCAUGCGACCAACAAUUUCCUCCGCGAGUCGAGCCAGGGCAUUCCUGUGGCUGAUGUGGUGGUAUCUGGAAUCAAAUUUCACCAAAGAAGAUGCUUUGCGAAAUCCAUACGGACCGGGCGAAUACAAAGAAGACGAAGAUCCUGACGAUCCGGAUACAGUACCACAACUCGUCCCCAAACUGGUUAAUAUCACAGAAGAGGAAGGAGAUGCCGAGAACGAGGAUCCUCCUGAAGAAGUAGCUUUUGCGGACAAGAUGACCAGGGAAAGACAACGUAUCAUUCUGGAAGUGGCCAACGAACCCCCUCUCACCAUGGCCGACCCAAGCAACCCAGACCACAAGGUCUUGAAGAGACUCAAGAAGAGCGCCAUGUACGGAGAUGACGAUUCUCUGAUAUCCGAUGCCGAUUCGCGCGCAAGCCCGGGCAUUGGACGGUCGCCAGCCCCCGACAUUCUCGGUCAUCAUGGAUCUGUCAUGACGGCGCUUGGUGGACAAGCAGACAGCCUUGACGACGAUUGGGAAGCCGUCGAUCCACAUCCAGGACGUGGACGCUACAAACGUGUCAAAGGAAAGAAUACGCCAACACGAUCCCGCGCGGCCAGACAGAGUGACGGUCCACGGAGUCUGCUCAAAUCGGGGCGCAAUGCUGGCACACCUGACACCGUUGAACGGAAUCGGGGGACUCCCCAGCCUCUGCAGCCUGGCGGCAGUCAUUCGAGCGCAUACCGUGGCAAGAAUGAGAUUGACACAGUCAUGGGUAGAGCCGGCGAGCCAGCGGCGGGUGGAUCUGUUACAAAGUCCCGCGCCAGGACCGGAUAUCAACGUGAACUGGAGGAACAUCGACAACGUCGGGUAGAAUGGGCUUUGAGACGACGGCGAAGACAAGCACUGAAGGAAGCUCGACAGAUGCGGGAAGGAGGUAGAUGGUUGUUGAAGGCGGCCAGACGUAUCGGAGAGUUGCCCCCCACAUAUGACAGCGAGGAGGAAGAAUCCGCCGGAGGUGUUGGCUUCCCCGGCUUGCUUGCUCACAGAUGGUAUGGUGACUAUGUCGAGAAUCAGCCUGGUGGCGUGCCGCCUGGCUACGAACCUGAUGAUUUUGGCGAAGAAGCGGACACUUGGACAAGAGCAUUUAGGAGGGCAUCUCGACGUCUGGAGGCCUGGGGAGGAGAUCGCACUCACACUCAGCGGCGUCAGCUCGUCAUGGAAGAACAAAUUGCCGCCACUCCUCCAGCGCGGGCCGCCGGCAACGGUACACGCAAGAAGCCACAAAAACGAGCAUCAGCAGUACGCGUGAAGAAUGUUGACAGUGGGCGAGGCGGAAAAGCGACUCGAACCUCAAACCAGGAUCUCAACGACGAAAUCACGCAAGACCUGCUUGCCGAGCGUAGCGAUGAGGACAUGGGCGAUGACGAAUCAGUUGAAAACGACGGCGACGGCGAUGGAGAGGAAAGCGACGUGGACAUGGACUGA